AUAUGAUACGUUGAUUACAUAUUUUUCACGGAUGAAGACACUGCAUUAAAACCUUUGUUUCAUUGGGACUUUGUCACUGAAGAUCGAUUGUUGUUCAGCAGUGAAGAUGUUUGGAGUAACUCUUGUCAUUUGCAUUGGAUUCCUGUCUUUGGGAAGCGCCGGUGAACCAGAAGACGACUGUUUUCUCCCUAAUCCCAAUCAGUACUAUCUUCUUACAACAACUGCAGAGGGAAAUUACCAAAAUUGCAGAGAACACCGGUCCAGCCAUGGAUACAGAAGCGCAGGGAUACCACCAAAUUCUGCCUCACGAGCCCCAAAAGGAAACAAAAACCCAAAAGGAAAGCGUUCAACCGAAGAAUGUGAAUUUGAAAAACCAAUUCAUUGUGACGAUGGUGCUAAAUAUAGAACUUAUGACGGAAGUUGCAACAAUUUGAAGUAUCCAUAUUGGGGAAAGGCUGAAACACCGUUGGCCCGUUUUCUUAAAUCGGAUUAUCACGACGGUAAAGGUUCACCGAGACUUUACGGUAAACACCGGAAGAGGUUGCCAAACCCAAGAGAUAUACGCCUUCAGAUUCACGAAAAAAGUUUGCCUAUUCAUGAACUCGAGGGACAUUCUCAUUUUCUGAUGCUGUGGGGACAAAGAACCAGCCAUGAUAUGAUAGAAAAAGUAGAAGCUAGAUCAUCAACAGGAGGUAGACUGGACUGCUGCGGUGAAGACAUCGGGAAAGAUAAUUGUGAAAUUCCUAUUCUUCUUAGAGUUGAUGACCCAUACUUUAGCCAAUUUAACAGGCUGUGUUUGAACUUUAGACGAUCCAAAGCAUCUCCAGAUCUUAAAUGUAAUUUUGAGACCCGACAACAGCUGUCAGAAUUUACAGGUUUCGUCGACGCCUCUGAUCUAUAUGGAUCUAAUGACGCAACAAAUGAAAAUAUUCGAACCAAAGUAGACGGCCUACUAAAGACAACGCUGCAUUCUGAUGGUAACGAGAUGAUGCCACAGGCAAAUGGUGGAUUUUGCAGAUCACAAUCAGAGAAAAAAUGCUUUCAAGCAGGUGAUCGUCGAGUAAACCAACAGCCUGCAUUAAUGUCGGUUCAUACUAUUCUCCUGAGAGAGCACAAUCGCAUUGCCAGGGAACUUAAAUCAAAAAAUCCACAUUGGAACGACGAAAUGCUAUUCCAAGAAUCCAGAAAAAUUGUCAUUGGAGAGAUUCAACACAUCACCUAUAAUAGUUACUUACCGAAAAUACUCGGCUCGAAUAUCAUGAACCUCUUUGAUUUGAAACCGCGUUCUCUUGGAAAAUAUUUUACAAAAUAUGAUGAUAAGGUCAUUCCGACGAUAAGAAACGGUUUCAUGGCUGCCGCUUUUAGGUUUGGGCAUAGCAUGGUAAAUAACCAUCUUGCGUUCAAAGAUCAUUAUGGGAACAACGAGAGAACGCUUUUUCGACAUCUGUGGGUGAAUCCCGAUAAGUUAUAUGAAACAGAUGGGAUCGAAAAAACUCUAAGAGGCCUCCAGGAGGAACAUUCACAAAGUGUUGACAGAUAUAAAACAGAAGAAAUUACCGAUCGUUUUUUUGAGAGCCCGGACCGACCUGGAUUUGGAAAUGAUCUGAUAUCCAUAAACAUCAAUAGAGGAAGGGACCAUGGCAUUGUGGGGUAUUUAGCAUGGAGGAAAAUGUGCAAACUGCCAUCCGCUGACAAUUUCUAUAGCUUAACAGAUCACAGUCGUAAAAUGGUCAGACUGUUGCAAAGUGUAUACAGACGUGCUGCUGACAUAGAUUUAUUUGUUGGUGGUGUCACAGAGACGCCAUUGCCAGGAGCAUUAGUAGGGCCUACAUUUGCCUGCAUUCUUGGUCUUCAGUUUAAAGCCCUUAAAUACGGUGACCGCUUUUACUACGAAAAUGACGACUCUAAUGCUAGGUUCACCAUCGGACAACUGAACGAAAUCAAGAAAGCAACCCUUGCUCGGAUCAUCUGCAGAAAUUCAAACAUCGGCGAAAUUCAACAAGACGUGUUUUCUCAUGGGGAUCAACUGGUGAACUGUUAUUCCAUACAGGAUGACAUUAAUUUCUCUCUUUGGGAAGAAAUCCCACAGAAAUAGCGUUUCCUCCUACAUUUGGAUUCUUCAGAAGAACAACACUUUUAUUCAAACUUACAUAACAUUAUUAAAGUUUGUAAUUACACUAUCUUUUAAACAUACAAAAUUAAAGUUUGUAAAGAAAGAACGAUCAGUUUCUUUAUAGUCAUCACAUUAUCGUCAUUUCAAGGAGGUCACAUUUCAAUCGCUAGAUUUAUGAAAAAAAUAUUUGCUAUCUCUCUGAAAGUGUUAUCUGUUAUUUAAACUCAUAAUCUAUUGAAAGAGUAAUUUUUAUGUUGGUAUCUUUUUAAAUUUAGGUUUAUUACGAAUAUUAAGCAUUGUUGACCAGUAGCAAUAUUGUAGAACAGGUUUGGCGGACUGAAAGAUCGAACCAAAAACAAUUUACAUAAAUUAAUGAUUUGCCAGUGAUCCAGAUU